GAAAAAAUAAACAAGCGCUUUCUGACAAGCCUUUCUGCAAAACGAAAACUGACGUGCAUGUUGCAUGCAACUUUUUUGCAAAAAAAAAGAAUAACAAUCUUUUUAUCGAAAGUUUGUUUUUGAGUGGGCUAGUAAAUUUUUUGCUUAAAAGUUACAAAAACUGCUUAAUUCAAGUAUCUUGUGCCAGUGCUAUCGUAAAUCAAACCGGAAGGAUUAACAUGAAAGUUGAUAUCCAUCCUCUCACGGAAGAUCCAACUUCCGCUUGGAAGGAACUUUCAAAAUCCCAGCGUGUCAUCAAAAUCAAUGCAAAGCCUCCGACUACGGAUGUCCCCGCAAACAAGAUCCGGGUUGUUUGUAUGUCGGAUACACAUUCGCUCACCCACCACAUCAAGUUUGACAUUCCGGAUGGAGAUAUCUUUGUUCAUGCGGGUGAUUUCACUCGGUGCGGAAAGUUGGACGAGGUCAUCGAUUUCAACAACUGGCUGGAAAAACUUCCGCACAAACACAAACUGGUCAUAGCGGGAAAUCAUGAACUUAGCUUCGAUCACACCUUCACGCAUCCCUUUCAAAAUGCCACCGGAGGCUGCUGCAAGAAAACUGGUUCUACCAUUCUUGACGAAAUACCAACACUUGGUAAUUCGAAGGAGAGCCUAGCGGAAGCAGUGAAAACGGAAAAUAUUCAUCAGCACUUGAGCAACUGCACCUAUCUGCAGGAUAAGUGCAUUGAGCUGUAUGGUCUCAAAAUUUACGGCACGCCCUGGCAACCGGAGUUUUGCAAGUGGGCCUUUAAUGUGAAGCGCGGCAAAGAUUGCCUGGAAAAGUGGGAGAAUAUUCCAGAAAAUGUUGAUAUCUUGAUAACCCAUACGCCUCCAGUUGGUCAUGGAGAUCUUUGCUGUUCGGGAGUACGUGCCGGGUGUGUAGAGUUGCUAACGACAGUUCAGCAACGAGUCAAACCACGGUAUCACGUAUUUGGACAUGUUCAUGAAGGCUACGGGAUUACUUCCGAUGGUAAGAUUAUUUUUAUUAACGCUUCUACUUGUGACAUCAACUAUUUACCGAACAAUCAUCCUAUCGUAUUUGAUAUUACUCUGCCAAAAGGCAGAAGCAAAGAAGAGGCCUAAUCAUUUAAGAUAUUUAAGGUAAUUUGGUGAUACAUUAAAUGUAGAACAAUCAGACAUCGAGAUGCCAUGACCACGCUAGAUAAAAAUUUGGCCAAUGUAUGGCUAAAUUAGAAAAACAUUCACAAGUUCACAGAACAUUGUUCUAUUUAUUGAUUAGUUAUUAUCAUCGUGAUCGAAAAUCUGUAAAGUAAAGUUUGGUAAACUAAGUUCGACAAAAAACAAAGUUUCCGAUGAAUUAAACAUAUGAAUUUAAAUAAGACGUAUCCACCCUUCCUUCGUAUAGGGAAAAAUGGUUAAUUUCCAGUUAGAAAAGAUGACGAAGUUUUUCCAUGCCUCUUGCAUCGUACUUGUAUACUUCUCACAAAACAUUUCAAAAGUUUUAUUUCUUAGAUUCCUACAAAAUUAUCCUUUAAAAAACAUUUGAACGCUAGAAUACACAACCAACAUCAUAAUCAAUAUCUAGUAAAAAAAACGAGAUAUUUUGAACCAUAGGUCAGCAGAACAAUCGAAAGCUCAUGCCAAAAAAAAUGCUCAAAAUCGUGGGAUUCGAUGUGACUUGUUUUUAAAAAAGGAAUAACAGACGAUGUUUAGUUAAAUAUAUAUUUAUGACCUGUGACAAUAUUAUUUUCAUUUCAAAUUUGGUAUUUGAUUUUAGCACAAAAGAUGACAUUAGAGACGCUUAACAAUAAACAUGGACGAAAAAUAAAUUAUGCACAGCACACAUUAAUAAAAAAAAAAGUUUACUGACUAAGCUUAAUCAAUGGAUGCUAUUACCGUAGACGAUCUCCACUGAAUUAGAGUUGACGCCGUUAAUUUCCUGCUCAGUACUUACACGUGUUUACCAAAUCAGUAUAAUACACAAUAAACUAGCUUUCAAAGGAAGAAAUACACAUUCUACGCUCUGUACAUAAAACACCUUAC